UGCCCGCUGCGGUCGGAAGAGGGCGAAGUGCGUUUGAAGCUCCCAGCUGCAGAAAAUAUAUAAAUAUAUAACCAUAACCACCACCUCCUCCUCCUCUUCCUUUUUCUUCUUCUUCCUCCCGGUUCGGAUUCAGUGUGCACGCGGGAGACGCCGCCACAACCUGACAUCCUCCAUCCUGAAGCGAUUUUACGAGGAGAGCGACGGGGGUUUCCUUGUUUGGAUUUGGACAAGGGAGGCUUCGGAGGUCCCACAAGUGGCCGAGCGAUGGUUUAGCGGUGCGCUGCUCGGAAUCUGAAUUGACGACCUGCCUGCAAAAUCCUUCCCCCCUCAGCUUCCACAUCGGCGGACGCGACCUGGAGGGAGAUGGAGGCUGCGGUCUUCCGGCUGGCGUUGCUGCUGUACGUCGGCUUCGCCAUCGCAGGGGCAGGGGCGCACCUGCGCGGCCAGCACCGGCCGGAGGAGGAGCGGCUGCCGGCCGCCGUCGCCGAGUUCCUGCGCACGGGCGACUCGAGCGCCCUGCGGCAGGCCAAUUGCUCGCGCAGGUUCGAGCUGCUGCUGCUGCCGCUGCACCGGGGAAGGUCACCCGAGAGCCCGCAUCGCUCCGCGCUGGACGCGCUGCUGCACGCCGCCAAUUUCGUCAGCUCGGUGCUGCAAGCCAACAGGUCCAGGGAGCGCAGCGUGCGGCGAGACGUCGACUGGUACCGUGCCCUGCUGCGGAGCCUCCUCCUGGGCGAGCGCAAGAUCCAUCGGGCCGUGGUCACCUUCGCCUCGGACGGGCCCGGCGUGAACCUCCAGGCCACCAGGGCCGGAGGGCAGAUCGUGCUCCGGGACCUCUGGGGUCCGCACAACCGCACGAAGAAGCUGCUGAGCCAGGAUUUGGCAGCCGUGGACAACUCCCCGGGGAGAGGCCAAAGUUUGAACCCGGACGAGACGCACGUCAAGUGGUCGGCGCCCCACCUGGAGUGCGACAACGGGACCUUUGUCCCUCGGUGGUUGGUGACGUUGUCGGCUGCUUUCUACGGACUCAGGCCUAACUCGGCUCCGGAAUUCAGGGGCGUAGUGCGAGUGGACAUCAAUCUCCAGGAUGUUGAUAUCGACCAGUGCUCCACUGAUGGCUGGUUUGCUGGAACCCAUCGCUGCAACCUGACCACGACGGAGUGUUUGCCAAGCCGAGGCCACGGCUUCGUCCUGGACAAGUACAAGUGUCACUGCAGGAAGGGAUUCUACCACCCUGACCGAUUGGCCGUCGGCGGCUUUACAAGCGCGAGGGACGGCGGCCCCGGCGUGGAUGAAGCGCCCGCCGGCGACUGCCAGCCGUGCCGGCCGGGCUGCGCCUUCUGCAAGGACGACACGCCGUGCGCCACGCGGGAGGACGGCGCGCUGCGGACCGCCGUCGUCUGCUUCCAGAGCCUCUGCGUCCUGGCGCUCUUGGUCAGCAUGGUGCUGGUCUACCACUUCCGGAGGAACAAGAGUAUCCGAGCGUCGGGCCUCGUCCUGCUGGAGGCCAUUUUGUGUGGCGCGCUGCUUCUCUACUUCCCGGUGGGGAUCCUUUACUUCCAGCCCGGCGUGUUCCGCUGCAUCCUGCUCCGCUGGGUCCGCCUGCUGGGCUUCGCCACCGUCUACGGAACGCUCACGCUCAAGUUGUACAGGGUCCUGAAGGUGUUCCUGUCACGCACGGCCCAGAGGAUUCCCUACAUGACCAGUUGGCGAGUUCUGCGUCUGCUGGCCGUCAUCCUCCUGGUGGUCUGCUGGUUCCUAGUUGCGUGGACGUCGGCCGUGUGCCAGGCGGCCGACAGGAAGUCGGCGCUGAUCGACGUGGGCUACACGCCGGACGGGCUGCAGUUCAGCAUGUGCCUGCUGGACCCGUGGGACUACAUGAUGGCCGUCGCCGAGUUCCUGUUCCUGCUGUGGGCGGUGUACCUGUGCUACGCCGUGCGGACGGUGCCGUCCGCCUUCCACGAGCCGCGCUACAUGGCCAUCGCCGUCCACAACGAGCUCGUCCUGUCGGCCAUUUUCUACGUCAUCAGGUUCACGCUGGCCCCCGAGCUGCACCCGGACUGGAUGCUUCUGCUCUUCUUCACGCACACCCACCUAACGGUCACAGUCACGCUGGGCCUGCUGCUCAUUCCCAAGUUCCUGUUUGCCGGCACGCAAAUGCGAGACGACAUGGCGUCGGAGGCAUACGAGGACGAGCUAGACAUGGGUCGCUCGGGCUCCUACCUGAACAGCAGCAUCACGUCGGCGUGGAGCGAGCACAGCCUGGACCCCGAAGACAUUCGGACGCCAGACGAAGCGGGGCCUCUGAGUUCUAGUAAUGGCUGUGGCGUAAGAUCACGCGACAGUCUUUGGGAAAAACGUGCCAACGAGGAGCUGAAGAAGCUCUACUGCCAGCUGGAGAUCUACAAGAGGAAGAAGAUGCUGGCCAACAACCCACACCUGCAGAAGAAGCGCAGCUCCAAGAAGGGCCUGGGACGCUCCCUGAUGAGGCGCAUCACCGAGAUCCCCGAGUCGGUGCACCGCCAGUGCAGCCGUGAGGAGAAGGACAGCGGCGAGCACGGCAGCAAUCGGAACAGCAUCUGCGUUUUAAAGAAACACCCCUUCGAUCAAACGCACCCUGUCAAACCGGCCAAGGAGGAGACCCUGAAAAACAAGGUGUUCUCCUUGAAGAAGUCCCACAGUAGCUACGACCAUGUCCGAGACAAGAGCGAAGACUCCAGCGGCUCGGCGACGGACAAGAUGGAGGUGAAUGCCGCCGAAGGCUCCCUUCUGGACGCCCUGAUGGGCAAGAAGCUGGUGAAAAAGAAGUCGCGGGAGAACCUCAAUGCCCCCAGCGAGUCCACCGAGUCGGUGCCGCUGGUCUGCAAGUCGGCCAGUGCCCAUAACCUGAGCGCAGACAAGAGACCCCUCCACCCUCGAGCCACCGUGCUGCAGAAGUCCCUCAGCGUCAUCACCACCGCCAAGGAGAAGACGCUGGGCUUGGCCGGAAAGACCCAAAGCGCGGAGGACGGCCCCAAGAAGCCUCCGCCGAGGGGCAAAGACGAGAGCGAGCCCAAAAAUGUCGUUGCCAAAGGCAGAAACGCCAAACAAACCACUGUCUCCUCCGAUCCAUUCAAGGGGAAAGACCUUUACGAUCUCUCCGAGGUGUGUCCUUGGGAGGUGGAGGACCUCCCAACACCUUCAGAGAACAAGGUCCAAAAACACGUGUCCAUCGCGCCAGAGGAAAGCACCACGGUUCACGGGGGCACCACCAAGGGAGGCAAAACCCAGAAGCUGACGCUCUCGGAUCAGACACCCUCUGGCGUCAGACAGUCCAAGGAAGCUCAGAGGAGCAACGCCGCAAGAGAGGACAUCUGUCCUUGGGAGGCGGGAGGAGGCGAGAGCCAAAGCGCUCCAGCGUCCAGUCAAGCUAAGAAACAGCAGGAGCCUCGACCCAAAGCGGAAAACACCAAAAGCAACCGAGCCGAGGUUUGUCCGUGGGACUUUGGAGAGCCGACGGGAGAGACUUUUCCAGCAAAGAAUGUGGACGCUCUGGGGAGGAAUGCGACCUCGGAUUCGUCCAAGACGGGACGCUCGCUGAAAGCCGACGUUGGUCCGUGGGACAGUCCCGCGUCUCCCGGUUCCCAGAACACGCUGAGCCACUCUCGGAGUUCCAAACCCAAGGAAUCUCCUUCAAAAAAGAAGGGAAGCCCCUCCCCGAGAACACUUGACAAGGACAAAUCAAAAGACGGCAACGAUGAGAAGAGUCGGACAAAAGCGAAGGACAAGAGCAAAUCUUCUGAGAAAGAGCAGAAAUUAGCCGAGGUUUGUCCGUGGGACGUCGGCGGUCGCCAGGAGGCACCGGCCGUGGAGAAGCGCAAGAGCGCAAACGUCGGAGUGGCCAAAGUCAAGAAGGCCGAGGUUUGUCCGUGGGACUUUGAGGAGCCGUCGGAGAAAACAUCCUCAGACAAAUCCUCGGCGGCGCGGAGGAGCGAUCCCGAUCCCACAAAGAAGGCCGACGUUUGUCCUCGGGACUUUGACGACAAGACGGCGUGACACUCGCACCCAACGAAGUCGAGACGCCCCGAGCGUGGCCUGGCCUCUUUUGCAAGCCAAAAUCUGACGCUGGACUCUUCAUAGGUGACUUGCCAGAAAAGUCAAUUCCGUUCCACGAGUUGCCUUCCUUUACGACAUUCGGUUCUGGUUUUGUGUACUUUUACAAACAAACGAGACGACAAGGAGUCCAGACGGUCACAGGGAAUUCCUGAAGAUUACUCUUAGACCAAUUAUGCAAUUUUUCAUUCUUCGAUUCAUUUUGCAGUUUUGUCUGUACAUAAACAUCACUAACGUGGGGACCAGUUGUGAUACGAAGGCGAAAGCCAAAGAAGAAAAAAAGCCUACAGAGAGAAAUGUUGGUCAGGAGUGUUUAGGUAACCAAUCAAGUCUGAAGCACUUUAGCCAACAUAAACCAACUUUUCAUCUUCACACUUUCUUCUUCUUCUUCUUCUCUUUUUCUUUUUCUUUUUCUUUUUCUUUUUCUUUUUCUUCUUCUUCUCCUUCUUCUUCUUCUUCUUCUUCUUCUUCUUCUUCUUCUUCUUCGCUGAUCAGUUCAGAUGUAGUUCUGCUGUACUGUUUGUGCCUAAAGUGAGGAACUAACCUCGUCGUCUGGUCUUACGUCCGACAAGACAGCAAGACAGCGCUGUCCUACUCGCCAACAAACAUGAAUAAUAGAAAGCGCAUGCACCGCUUCACUAAGUAAAACAAAAAUUCAUGGAAUUGUGUUCAAAAUAAAAAGAAAAGAAAAUACCUUGUAUUCCGUAGGCAACGAAAACAGUUAUUACAUUGUUAUUAUGGCUUCAUUACAACAAUUUAUUACAUGCAUAUUCUGUAAAAACAAAAUUGUUUUAGUCUUCGUUAAGUCCAGCUUGGUUCCUUGUGUUGACUUGCGACUUUUUGGAACAUUUUACCAUAAUUGAUCACCCCAGUCUUCAGCCCCUUUCACGCUGCUUUUAUGGCAAAUUGCCGCAUUGGAGGACAUUUGUAUGCCUGUCCUAUUCGGGCUGAAUGGGACGUUGUUGUGUACAUGCCCGCUGAAACAACCAUUGCCGCUUCACGAAUUCAGUUACAGGGGCUCAUCGGUUACGAAUGCGCACACUGUAAAAAAAAACAAAGGCUGGCAUGGUUCCUUGUGCUGACUUCUCGCGACUUUUCCAAAAUAUUUACUGUAAAUGACUGGCCCGUUCUUAGGCCCCUUUCAUGUUGCUUUUACGGCAAAUUGACGAAUCAGAGGGCAUAACGGUAACGGGUUGACUUCAACAGCUGGCCAGUGUGAAAGGGGCUUCACAAACGCAUCUCAAGCAUUUCACUUGUUGUCCUCGCCAAAUACUUAUGUGGGUGUGUAGUAGCAAAAAGUCGUACAAUUUAACCACCUGAAUGCAAAUUACGACUCGUUGGUCUCUUGUCUGAUUCCUUCUGUUAGCGUUAGCCUAGCAUUAGCACUAACUGCCGGGCUACUCUGCAAAAGCAAAAAAAAAAAAAGAGAAUCCUCCCUUUGUCAGUCCUAAUAGAGCGAGAACGAACUUUGGUGCGUUUCUGUAUCCGACGUUUCCAUGUAGCGUAGCAGGUUUCCGUCCCACUGCGAGAACCCCGUUAUUUAUUUUUCGAAUUUUCGUUGACGAUUGCUAGAACUAAACCUUUGGAAGGUUUUGCUUUGUUCCGCGUUUUGUAUCAAAAUGUCUUAAGUAUUCGUCACGCUCCAAUUGUGUCGUCCCAACAGUAACCCGUCAAGUCGCCCGCUAGGGUUUUCGGCGUCUGGUGUGUAUGUCGUCACCGACUAGCCGUGAUUGUCGUCAAAGGACUCAAUAGUGAUAAAUGUCGUUGAAAUCAAUGCAAAAAGUCAGCGUCAAGCGUUGAAUUCCGUCGUGUUUAGAAGCCAGAAGAGUCCGGUGAGGAGGUGGUAUUCGUUGUCCAAGUUCCUGAUGCGCCAACAUCCGUUUUUGUUUGUUUGUUUGUUUUUUCUACGUCCAUGUGUCGAGGGAUUAUCUGGAAAUGUCAUCGAAAAUCGACCCAAUCUUUCGGUACGGUCACGGUUCUGUUCACAUUGGGUUCAGUAAGCUAACAAAAUGCAAAACAUAAAUAUACUUGUCUUAUGUGGAGACAGGAAAACAUUUUUUACAUUUAAUAUAAAACAUUAAAAAGUACGAGCAGUAAAUUCUCCAAUAAAAAAAAAAAAAAUCCGACCCCCCCCAAAAAAAAUACAAUAUACAAUAAAGUCAGCUGAAAUCUUUUCUUUUUAGGAAAGGGAAACAUCAACAGUUUGUCGUCUUUUCAGGAAAUGAAGGCUGCAGACAAGUGUGACAGUUGUUUUGUGACACUUUUUCAAGCGAGAUAACAAAAAACAAACAAACAAAAAAAACAUCACUAGCCAGAUGCUGAGCUGAACUGUGUUUGUUUACGGCAGUUACACUUUCUGCCCCUUACCGCAUAUUUUCCCUGUAGUACAUGUACCGUUACACCCGUAGUACUUGGGACCAUCACACGUGGGUUGGUUAUGUUGAUAGUGAGUGUGUGCUGAAAAACGUCUUAAGAAGAAGCACUGCCAAUGUCGACUUGUACUGCCCGCUGACGACGAGUCAGCUGGUUGUUUUCAAAGAAGUAGCUCUUUUGGAAAUGUGUAAUUAUUCUGUUGAUUUCUAUGCUUGGGAUUUGCUGUCUUUUGUUGAGCUUCAGUGUGCCAACAUGAACUCGUUGCGGUCCAGAAGAAAUAUAGUUUAAAAAAAAAAAAAAGCAUGUUAAGGGAUUAAAAAAAAAAAAAAAAGAUGUCUUUGGCCUGCAAUGUUUCUGGAAGAGCGGCAGAGAGUGACGGCCCGUAAUAAUUGCGCAAUAUUUCGUCUUUACAUUAUGGAAGCCUGCCACCCACACGCACACACCUUGUCUUGUAUCUCCUCGUCCACCAAUCAGACCUGAGAACCGUGCUGUCAAUCAAAACCCGAUAACGCCUCCUCUUGCUACGACUACUACUCCUAUUACUACUACUAGUACUACUACUACUAUACAAUGCUGUAACGUUGUAAAUCUUGUGGCUUCUGCAUGAGUUUGAGAAAUUAGUCAGACCAAUGUUUCACUGCCCUGGAUAGAACAAAAAAAAAAGAUGUUUAUGGACUUUUACGAGUUGUAUAGUGAGUGAUUGUGUCUCUGACCCACCGUAUUAUGAGCUUGUUACCACGACGACAAGCUUAUAGCAUCCAUAUAUGGCAAAACUUUGGUAGAUUUCUAUUGUGUUCUGUUGUGAUAGCAUGUACAAAAAAUACCUCCUCUGCAAUAAAUAUUUAUAUGAAAAAUG